GUUUCUCUAUCUGUAAAAUCGAUUUGGACCAGGUACCUUCCUGCCCAAAACACACACAGUUGCUAUAAAAAAGAUACAGUGUCAGAGGCACUCGAUGCACACCUCCCUUUUGUAACACAGUGAAUUUCCUUUCUUGGUGUGACCUGCCCUCAGUUCCGCCAGCAUUUCCUGACCACGUGCCCUGGUCCCAGGCCUGUGCUGGGGUGGGAGGGGACCCCAGCAGUUUGUCCUUGUGUGCUGGGUGAAACGAGCAUGAUGGCUCCAGCCCUGCCAGCUUCCAUGGGCAGUAAACCCAAGUCACUCUCCUGUCUGAGCCCGAGUGCCCACCUGGAAAGCAGGAGGUGAAACAGGGCCCCUGUGGGGAUUGGGUGGGGUGGCAUGAGGUAAGCUUCAGCCAGUGCCCAGCAUGCGGCAGGCAGUCACCAGAGUGUAGCAUCUCUUCUGCCGUGGCCGCUGUGGCUCUGCGAGGGGCAGCCAGUGUUUUUCCAUGACCCUCCCUUGCCGUUACUGGUUACCGGCAGAGCUGUGAGUCAUCACUUUGCCAGACCCAAACCUGCAGCCAUUGUUCUGAGUGAAACCUGCCGCUGCUGCUGUGGGCCAGGUGUGAGGGAAGGUGCACGCCCGCCGAGCAGGCACCUGGCAGCAGAGGAAUGGGCCCCUUCAACCCCACCACCCCGCAAGGCCAGUGCCCCCUGGUACCUUGCCUCGAAAUCAGUUCCCUUGGAAAGGAUGGGGAGUGUUUUAAAGUUUUCGACGCCGGGGAGAUGUUUGGGAUCAUGCAAGUGGAAGAAGUGGAGGAUGACGGGAGUGGGGACGAGGCAGCGCGGGAAGUGCGGAGGAAGAAGCCCAACCCUGGCGGCGAGCUCUGCUACAAGGUCAUCGUCACCCACGAGAACGGGCUCCGGGCAGCCGACCCCAACAGCAUCUUCCUCAUCGACCACGCCUGGACCUGCCGCGUGGAGCACGCCCGCCAACAGCUGCGGCAGGUGCCCGGCCUGCUGCACCGCAUGGCCAACCUGAUGGGCGUCGAGUUCCAUGGCGAGCUGCCCAGCCCUGAGGCCGUGGACCUGGUGCUGGAGGAGAUGUGGAAGUUCAACCAGACCUACCAGCUGGCCCACGGGACGGCCGAGGAGAAGGUGCCAGUGUGGUACGUCAUGGACGAGUUCGGCUCGCGCAUCCAGCACGCGGACGUGCCCAGCUUUGCCACCGCACCCUUCUUCUACAUGCCCCAGCAGGUGGCCUACACGCUGCUGUGGCCCCUGAGGGACCUGGACACGGGUGAGGAGGUGACCCGGGACUUUGCCUAUGGAGAGGCAGAUCCUCUGAUCCGGAAGUGCAUGCUGCUGCCCUGGGCCCCCGCCGACAUGCUGGACCUCAGCUCCUCCACGCCUGAGCCACCCGAUGAGCACUACCAGGCCAUUUUGGAGGAAAACAAGGAGAAGCUGCCACUUGCCAUCAGUCCGGUGACGCAUUCCCAGGACCACAUCUUCAAGGUCUGUACGGACAUCCAGCAGGUGCUCAGCCACCUGACCCACCCGCGCUUCGCCUUCACCCCGAGCGAGGCGGACGCCGACAUCCUCUACAGCUUCUCGCACUUCAAAGACUACAGGAGGCUCAGCCAGGAGAGGCCCGGCGUGCUACUGAACCAGUUCCCCUGCGAGAACCUGCUGACGGUGAAGGACUGUCUGGCCUCCGUCGCGCGCCGGGCGGGGGGCCCCGAGGGCCCAGCCUGGCUGCCCCGCACCUUUAACCUGCGCACCGAGCUGCCCCAGUUUGUCAGCUACUUCCAGCAGCGGGAGAGGCGGGGCGAGGACAACCACUGGAUCUGCAAGCCCUGGAACCUCGCCCGCAGCCUGGACACCCACAUCACCAAGAGCCUCCACAGUGUCAUCCGGCACCGAGAGAGCUCCCCCAAGGUUGUGUCCAAGUACAUUGAAAGUCCUGUCUUGUUCCUGCGAGAAGACGUGGGGAGGGUCAAGUUUGACGUCCGCUACAUCGUGCUUCUGCGGUCGGUGAAGCCCUUGCGGUUGUUCGUCUAUGACGUGUUCUGGCUGCGCUUCUCCAACCGGCCCUUCGCGCUCAACGACCUGGAUGACUACGAGAAACAUUUCACUGUCAUGAACUAUGAUCCGGGUGUGGUGCUGAAGCAGGUGCACUAUGACGAGUUCAUCCCUGAGUUUGAGAAGCAGUACCCAGAAUUCCCCUGGAAGAGCGUCCAGGCUGAAAUCUUCCAGGCCUUCACGGAGCUGUUCCAAGUGGCAUGUGCCAAGCCACCGCCCCUGGGCCUCUGUGACUAUCCCUCGUCUAGGGCCGUGUAUGCCAUCGACCUCAUGCUGAAGUGGGACAACCGUCCAGAUGGCAAGCGAGUGAUGCAGCCACAGAUCCUGGAGGUGAACUUCAACCCAGACUGUGAGCGAGCCUGCAGGUACCACCCGACCUUCUUCAACGACGUUUUCAGCACCUUGUACCUGGACGAGCCCAGCAACUGCCACGUCACCCGCCUCGUCUAGGCGCUCGCAGGCCCUUCUGCUUGUGCUCAGGGGCGGAUCCCAGCCUUAGCUCUCUGAGCUGCUUCUGCACAGUCCUCCUCCUCCCCCUCCCGCUAGGUGCAGCGUCGCCCUCCUGAGCCGUCUCCCAGCUUCACACACUGGGGGCUCAGGGUCCUCCUCCCUUCUAGGUCAGGAGCAGGGCCAGUCGCAGUGUCCCCGGGGCUGAGUGCCAGGCCCUGUCCACACUCCCCUCACCACUGUCUAUGCGGUGACUGGUCUCAGCUGAGCCAAGGGCUUCAUUCCAGAGAGUGUGGUUCCUGGGCUGCUGUGUUUCCCAGAGUGUCCGUGAAAGAGGGGUUCUGGGGAGCAUGACGAGGUAGCCUCAGAAACAAGGUUCCCCAGGAACGCCGGUGGGAGCCCAAACGUUGACAGGGCCAGGCCAGCUGCUUCUCCAGAGUGUCUGCUUGUGCACUGUGGCUCCCCCGGAGUGGGUGUCGGGGUCCCACACUCCACCCCGGGCAACCCCCUGUGUGACAGGUGUCCCCAGAACACCCUGGGGAACCUGCUUCUCAGACCCAGCCUUCCCGCCCCACCCCCAGCUCUGCCAGAACGUCCACCAGCAGGCCUCCCGUGGAGUUCCAGGGUGGGAAGGCCGCCGCCUUCUGUUCCUUUCCCUUUGGCGAGGCUGCGCUGUCCUCUUGGUCCCUGUGGUCCCAGCGGCCUCCCCGCUCACGGGCACUGCGGUGGUCCCCGCCCUCGUCAGAGGUUGGCUGGGACGCUCUCACAAGGUGGGUGAGGGACAAGUGUGGGCCUCAGAGCACCCGGCAGUGGAUGGCUGCAAGAGACGAUGAUUCCAGGGAGAGCUGUAUGUGAGAGCCAGACACCAUCUUCCACCAGAGUCUAGAGUCAAAAUGUUGAUUUUGUUACUUUUUCAUUUGUGGGAAGAAAAUAUAAAAUUCUCGUUCUUAAUUUUUUCUGAAGUUUGGAGUCGGAUGCCGGCACGUUUGGUGUAGCUGUGAUGUGCCUGGGCCGGCUAACGGGAAGGCAGGGAGUCUGAUUCCCGGUAGGGGCGCUGCCUGCAGAGCUUCCUGUGUGUGUGUGUGUGUUGGCGGGGUGGUGCUUGUUUCAUUUUUAAGCUACGAGUGAUCCUGGUAACAAAACUGGACGUGACCAUGCCUCCCGUCUCUGUGUCUGUUUGGGUGUGUCUGUCCGUCUGCUCUGUUAACCAGAACCUCAGCCAAGCAGAGGUGUGCAGGGCAGACACCUCGUCUCUGGUUUUCUCCCCCCGAGAGCUGCUGGCAGUGUCCCCUCCUCUCGAUUUGUGCCACAAUAAAGUCUGCCUUCUGUA